CGCCAGGUCGCCUUUUUCAGCUCGCAACACACCUGGCAGCUGCAUAUUUCCCAAGAGAACCUCCGGAUAUUUGAUUCCUCGAAUACAUACCUAAAACACCAUCGAGCCGAUCCCAAUCGUGUCACGCUGCAUCGAUUAUAAUCGAUCACUUGUCCAUCCACCCGCGCCGUCAAAGGAACCGGACAUUUAAGAACACUGGUGCAGAGAAUUUAUACCAUCAAGUAAACGAUCAGCAUUAUCUGCCCUCUCCUUUCUAUCUCACCCCUCUUCGCCCACACCGACAUUCGCAUAACACACCGAGUGAUCUCAACUCUGGGUUGUUCUUUACUUCUGACGAACGAAGAUAAUAACAAAAUACCGGCAAAAUGGCAAACGGCUGGAGCAUGGUCAUUGGCCUGGUUAUCAUCAUUGCCCUCUCGACAGCAGCAUGGUUCCUAAGCCCAAAGGGCGAUAACCAAACCCUCUUCCGCAGUACGCUCAUCCUUACCUUCGUUUCCUGUUACUUGAUGUGGGCCAUCGUCUUCCUCUCACAGUGGCACCCUCUCAUCGCACCGAAGCGGUCAGACAUCAGACCUGAUCGCGUACCGCAAUAGAGGCAUUUCCCCCUUGUGGUUUCUUGUGUUUUUCUUCCAUUUUGUGAACUGAUAUUUCGGGAGACUGUCGGUUGUGAGAUAUCAUUUCGUCUUAUCUUAUCAUUGGAUAAUAUAAGAUGAACUCAGGUUUAUCCCAUCCCACGCUGGGAUGUCCACGGGUUAGACAGGAAAUGAAGACUGCUUUUCUUUCCCUGUGCUUCUUAGGCUUGGUAGCGAGCUGCGUGUGGAUUUGGUCUGCAUUGCGAACCUGUGUGGGUUCGCAGCUAUUUUAUGUUUUUGUAUAGCUGUUCCCCUAGAAGGCCUUUUCUUGGCAGCGUUUUAUCUGUAUGUUUAGUUUUGAUCUAGUUUUGUUUAGUAAUUGGUCAAUUUCAUUUUGUAUGGAAAGCAUUCAUAUCCUUUCGGUCACUCUGCUAUUCCAAUGCUACCUAUGACUGUACCUACUAAUCGGGGAUAUCGGCCAAUGAGUUUCCGCUUCGUAGAGUACCUAGACCUAGUGAUAUGCAUAUU